AGAGGAAGAAGAAGGACGAGGAGAGGGAGAAAAAGAAAGAAGGACGAGGAGGAGGAGAAGAAGAAAAAGGAACGUGACCGUUAUCAUUGGAAGGGUGUUCGACUAGAAGUAAACGAAUGAGGAAGAAAGACGCUCGUGAUAAAAAAGGGUGCCAGAAUUGAUAGAGGAAGGAGAGAAAGGUAGAGCAAAAGAGAUAGAAGAAGAUUGAGGAAAGAGCGAAAGUGAGAGAGAGAAAGAGAGAAAGGGAAAAGGAAAGAGCGAGAGAGAAAGAUAGAUAGGGGGAGCGCGUGGAAAACGGGGGUGAUAUACGCGAGUGAGUUGUACGGGUAACGCGGGUGGUGCGCUUUGGUGCCGCGAGUGAAAGAAAUGCGCGCGUGAGAGGGUGUCUCUCGAGCCUCCCUCAGAACGUGCGAGCACACCAACAUAUCUUCGUUUCCGCGAGUUUUUUGACGCAACCCAAAGACGACGAGUGUGCCUACCGCGUCGACGCGCGUAUCGAAAGUUUCGUGCUUUCGAAGGAGGGACGGCCAUAUUAAUCCGUAACCCCCGCCGUCCGAAGCUCAUUCCAAAAAGAUUCUGUGUAUUUUCUCUGAAAACCAUUACCAGCACGGACACACCAUUAGAUAUACAUAACGCUGCAAAUUAGGAUUCGAAAUUGAAAGGCUUGUCACGUUUUCUGUGAUAUGCGUGUGUACGCAUUCAAUAAGUAAUCUUAAACGGUUUGUUAAAUAUAAAAGAAAAUAAAAUAAAAAACAAGAGAAUUAAACAACAAGUUCUUCUAUACGCACGGUUCGGUUCCACGUCCUUUCGGAUGACGGUACGUAUAGCUGGUGCGUGCGCGACGGUACAAGUGUGUACGAGCGUGUACGAGCGUGUGCAAGCUGUCUUUUACGCCGCCCGAUGUCCCUGUGCCGUCCUCGUCGUACCGAAGCAAGUCAGCGGUUCACCAACUCCAGCGUGUCUUCUCUUUGCUCCAACGCCACUACUACCACCACCCUUCCUAGGCCCUAUGCUACUCAUGUAGGGUCAUUUACCGCUCCGGUAGGAAUAGGUAUGCACAUGAAGAAUAUAUACAUGAAGCCGGGGCUUGAAGCGACAUUGAGUGACAGCAAAAAGAAGUACGGCGACAAGGUGAAUGCACUUUUGUCUGCCUGGGAACAUGUCACCAAUUUCAUUCCUGGGGCCCCGCCAGAAGCCGCCCAGUCUCUCAUAGAAUGGGCUCACAAACAUACAUUAAAACUGGUAUUGCGCGGGGAGUGGCCAAAGUUAGCACCCGCCACGAGGACGCACCUCAGCGUAACACUACAGAGGUGCGCGUCUCACCUGGUGCAACACCCCGCUGCACCCAGGUGUACCGCCUUGAUAGCUCUAGUGCACAAUCCAUGGACGCAUCCUGCUCUCGACAGCAUACUUAACGGACAACCGGAUUCCGAACAUGAAGAAGAAUUCUGCUGUUCGGAAAAGGGCGAGCUACUGACGAUGAGACUGAAAAUACUUUGCGAGGACCGCUGCGAGGACAUAGCGGUGAACCUCGCUGCGGCGUGCAUUCGCUCUCUUAGAAGAAGCGACCGAUUAAGAUCGCUUUCAGAUUCCCAUCACAUUCAUUACAUGAUCGACGUAUAUAUUGUCCUCCUGUACAAAUUGAAACGCACGCAAGAUAUUUUCGCUCAAUUAAAAUUAAUGGAUCUUAAUGAUGGACUCGAGUUAGUACAGAGACUCAGUGGAGAAAGACCAACUAAAUAUGGAACAGCUCGUGUUUGGAGAAAUUCUAUAAAAGCUGCAGAAUUAGUAGCUCAGUAUCUCGUAACCGCCGGCAUGGUACGACCAGUAUCAGAAACUGGUGCGAACAUUUUGGAGCAAAUUUUUAAUUCCUGGGCGUUAUUACAUUCAAAAUUAAAAGAUAUUACACCUACUUUACCUGGGAUGAUUAGGAAAUUAAUAGAACCUGCCGAAAGUGCUCAGCAUAUAUACAUAUUCUGUGCUAUACUUAUCAAGCAUUUCGGCGAUAGUAUAAAGCCACUGGUGAUCGAGUUAUACAUAAGAGCGUUAACGACUGAUAUGAACGAGUUGGAAAGUCAAAAGGCAAAAUCGGACAAAGAGAAAGUACGAGAAACAGCUAAACGUUUGAGUACGCAAUUUCUCAAAUUGGCUGACGUUGUUGGUAGCAAUAUUGGUAUAGCAAGAGAAUGCGUCUUAACGGCAUUUUCUUUGCAUCCUACCAGAGUUUGUUUCGAUAGAAUAAAGGAUAUAGCGAUAGCCUGUGGAAAAACUAAGCAAGAUGAUAGUUGUUCAUUGAAUGACGUCAUUGAAAAUGAAAAACUUCCAAAUUCGUUGACAAAAGACCAUUCGACAGCGUCUUCGGUGGCGAAAAAUGAAAAGACUGUCACGGAAAGGGCAGGCAUUUCGAUAUCGCGUAAUAGUAGCGUCCUAGAAUCCUUGUCGUCGUCAUCGUCGUCAUCGUCAUCGUCGCCGUUGCCGUUGCCGUUGCCGUUGCCGUUGCCGUUGCCGUUGCCGUUGCCAUUGCCGUUGCCGUUGACGUUGACGUUGACAACGUCAACGUCAACGUCAACGUCCUCUUCUUCUGUUACCACAAAUACUAACACUACAACAAGCAUUACUUCUACCUCUACAUCUAAUACAACCUCCACAACAUAUUCUUCCUCUUCAUUAGUUGCGACGAUAGCUGCUUCGUCGUUCUUGUCGAAUACGAUAAUGACCAUCGCAACGCCAACUGCAGUGACAAAAAAGCCCAUUGAUUUUCAGAACGGUCAAGUAUCAAAGACCUUCGAGCGUACGGAUCAAUUAUUAAAAAGCAUGUUAACGGCAUCACGAAAAAACGAAAACAUACCGCUAAACGAGAAGUGCCUGUUACAUUCGAAAAAAAGUUCCACUACAGAAGGCCCGUUGGGUGAGCUGUGUUUCAAUUGUGGCGAAUUCACCGGUGACGAAACAUCUAAUAACCAAUCUCUUGAGACAUGUAACACAGCGGAAAACGUUGAAAGGACAUUGGACGCCUUGAUCUUGAUUAAGGGAGACGCUGUUACAGGAUCGGCAAAUUAUGAUGAAAAAUCUGUACCAAAUCAAGUCCUCGAUGCUGAGAAACUUGGCCUCUCGCCACAAUUAUGCGACGAUUUAUCGGUUGUUCUCAGUAGUCCGAGGUAUCAUAUGCUUAGUUGGGUAUUGGAUUGGAAAGAAUUGAACAAUUUAUGUGAGAGAUAUUUGGAGAACGCAGAAGAAAUGCGGAAUACGAAUAAAGAAUUGAAGUAUCUUAAUAUUGAUUAUUCCCAGUUCAAAGAUUGGCCCUCUGAAGAUGACACGAAGGAUGAAUUUUUUGGAAUUGAAAAAGGCUACGAACAAUGGGUCGAUUUACCUUCUGACAGCUCGGAACAAUUUGGUAGUUUUCAACCAGCAGGAGGGUACAAAAGAUCUUCGACAAGACGAAGUUUGGAUGAUACUUCUACAACAGAUUCGGAUAGUGGAAGUGUACUACGUGUUAGAAGGACAGGAAGGCAACGUAAAGUUCACAGGCUCGAAUCUUCUGAAAGCGAUUACGACAGCACUGAACGUAAACCAAAACAUUUUAGAAAUCGUGCUAGCUCUGUCUCCGAUUCCGAUAGUAAUACCCAAGAUAGCCAAACCGAUAGUCUCGGUAGUGAUGGUUGUAGAUUGGAAACUAAACAGAAAUCUAAUAAAUCUUCUAAUAAAGAAAUUAAUAAGAAACGAAUCAAACCAUCGAAAUUAACCGUAGAUUCAGUUUCGCAUUUUCACAUGUUGGUUAACGAAAAUGUCAGGCAUACAUCUUCCCACGAAGAUGCUAGCGGUUCCGAUGUAAGUACCAAUGAUAUAAUAACCCUAUUUUCUGCAGAUAUGGAUGAAAGCAAACGGGAAACUAUCAAAGGAUCGACUUAUACGGCAGCAGCACCAUUAAUUAUAACUGAGAGAAGAAGCGAUCCUGCGGUACUGAAAUCUUUGAGAAUGUUUAGGCCACAGAAUGCAAAAAAACCGACAAGGAUAACACAAAUAUUGCAAAAGAAUUUGCUUAAUAAAAGCAAAGACAAUAAGUUAAACGAAGAAGCCAAUAGUGUAGCCAAAUUUGCGCCAAUGCUGAGUACGUUGAAUUUAAGUCCAAAAAUUGUAUUGACUAGAGCAGAUGAAAUUGACAGGAAAUUAGUUCGUUCGAAAAAACAACAACGGCUUAGUACCGGAGAUAUCACUAACGAGUUGAUUAAUAUACAAAAGACCAUGCCUUUUUCACCUAACAAAAAUGUAAUAACAACGUUUCAAAAACAAAAGAAUUGUACUGGCAAUAACUCGAAUAAAACUGAUUUAGUAGGAAAAGUCGUAGAUAGUCAUGAUUUAAGCUCCGUUAAAUCUAAUUUGGGUAAGAACAAAUUUGAUAUUCUUGCAAAGGCAGUCAGAGACUCGGAUAUAUUAGCAAAAAAUGUACCAGGUUUAAAUUCCUUAGAUAUGAUGGUACCGCCGAGAGUUCGAUCAACUGUAAACGUUGUACAACUUUCUAGAAACAUUCCACAGAGUCCUAAUUCAGGUUCUACAAAUAGUGGUAAUACGCCUCCAAGACCGAACAGAACACCAAGCGUAGCUGGAAGUAUUCAAUUACCUGGUACACCUUCUUCCGGUGGACACGAUAGUGGUGUCGGGAUGAGCCCAGCCGGUCAAACACCACCACCAAGAUCAUCUGCUUUGCCUGACAUAGGCGAGGAAGCUAAUCAGCAACCAGAUACGUCUUCAACGACUCCAACAAAUACGAUUCAUUUCGAUUCUGAUUCAACUCCAAGAACGAUGGUAACUAUGCGACGUGGUAGCAAUCAACAUCAAUCUCCGAAGAAAUCUCCUUCGCCUUGUUCGGCAGCGACAACAACUAUAACGAUAACGACCACAACAACAACAUCGUCUUCAUCGUCACCAUCCUCAACGGUCGUACCAUCAUCUUCGAUCGGAUCCGAACAAUUACAAAUAGUAUGCAAACCUGACGGUACUUACCAAUUAGCUUCGGUUAAUCCUAACGUAUUGACCAAUCAAAGAAACGUCCUUACCUUGCAGAACUUAGAUGAUGGAAACGUUGGAAAUUUUUCACGGCAGGCACAACGUAACACAGAAGCAACGAAUAACUCGAGUAAUAGAAAUACCUACGACAGACUACCAUCAGUCAAAGUAUCUUCGCAACCAAGUCAAAAUGCAGGUUUGCCAAAAUUUCAACAAGCAUUCGGUAGAACAAUUUACACAUUAUCGACGGAUACAAGUAGCGGAACGGUAACUACAACAGAAGCACUUGUUCAACCAGCGUCUACGCAAAAAACAACAAAUCUUUCGAAAGCUGUACAAACAUCAGUACCUAACAUUCAACAGACUAAUUCGGCGACAGGUAUCAAUGUACAAUCAAUAACCAACAUACCUAAUUUACAAUUAUCUACUGGUAGACAAAUAUUGAAUAUCGUUCAAAGUUCAAGCGGUAAUGCAAACGCGGGGACGAAUUUAAAUACAAAUCAAGCGUUAACGCAGCUUGUACAAAGCGUGCAGAACGCUUCACCAGGUGUAAUAUAUACGCACAAAAUACCAGUUACUAUAUCAACCACGAAUCCAAGCCAGAUAAAUAUCAUACCAACAAUAUCUCAUGCUAAUUCCAUACCAGCAGGUAGAACGCCCGUAGUGAAGUUAAAUAUUAUUCGUACUGCUGCUCCUUUACGACCACAAAGUAUUACUGGUGCGAUACAGGCUGUUCUUACGACUCCCAGAUUGCAACAACAGGCUCAACAAAAUGUUAGAACUGACAAUUUAUUGAGCCCUCCAAUUGAGGUACCGAAUCAAGUAAGUUCAACGACUUUGGAACAACUGCGAGAAUUUGAAAGUGUUUUAGAGCAAGUUAAGGAAAGAAGUACUAUUCAACCUCAAUUACAUCAAUCUUUAUCAUCUACGACAACUACUACCGUACAAACGCAAACAACAACGCAAUCGAAUAAACAACAAUCACAGCCACAACAACAGCAACAACAACAGCAACCGCCACCACAACAACCACCACAACAAGUAUCCGUUAGCGCGCUUGCACAACAACUUUUGAUGCCAACGCAACCAAGCAGCAAUAAUGAAUUCUCCGGUAACAGUAAUAACGUUACAUUUCAACAAGACGUGUUUUCUCAAAAAGUUUCACUCGCUUAUGUAAAUCAAAAUGCGGCAAGUGGCGCUGCUAAGGUAUCGAAUUCUACGCCUGUAGUUGUGGUAACGAGUUAUUGUCAACCCGUAGCCUCACCAGCAUUAAGUGUUACUUCUCAAAGUUCGUCGAGUCCGUGUGUAACUCCUGCACCUGCUCCGAUUCCAUCGGCUGGAAAAACACCUCCUACCCCACCUUCUUCAAAAACAGUUAAAAAGUCAACACCUAAAACAGUGAAAACAAGUGCGACAAAUACGUCGAAGGCUUCACCUCAACCGAAACCACAACAAAAGCCACAAGAGGAUGAACAAACGGCGCAAAGGAUUUAUGCUAUUUUAGACGAAUACGCGGAACAGUUAAGAAAUUCACCAGAUCUUAAGAACAAACCCGCUCCGAGAAGAAGAUCCAAUCCACCAACCAAUCCGAGUCAAUCUUCGAAGAGGAAAAAAUCUAGCUCAAGUAAGACAAAACCCGUGGGACAACAAACUUCGGAAUUAAGUCCGAGUACGGAUGAUCUUGGUAGAACAAUGGGGAGCGAAGAUUCUUCUAGUGGUGUAGUACAUGUUCAAGAUAGCCCUGCAAGUUUUGUAACUACCGAAGAACCAUCUACUAACAUAACGAACACUACCGAUACGAAUGCCGAAGUACGUAAUCUAACCAACGAUUCUAGUGAUGGCGUUGAAUUAAAUGUUAAAAGACGCAAUCUCAUAUUUGCUGAACCUGGUACUGGCCAACCAAGAGCUGUUAUCGUUCAGGAAGCUUUACAAACUAAUUCUGUCAGCGUUAGCGAAGCUAUUGCUUCGGUAACAGGAAAAGUAGGAAGUACGGCAGUCUUGGUGCCAGGUACCAAUUACAUCUUACCAAUGAAUUUAAUGAAAAGUGGUCAACAAUUUACGAUAGUAUCGAGUGGAUCGAAGUUCCUUGCGACAGUGCCAGCGACGGUUAGAACUACCGGUAAUACCGGAGUAUCUAAUACACUAGUACUACAAUCUUUUCUAACUCAACCUGGUAAAAUAAGUUCUCAAUCUACCCAUGUGAAACAAAUUAAGUUACCAACGUUACAAACCUUAUCAAGCAAUCAAUCCUUGAACACUACACAAAAUGUUCAAAAUGCUUCCGUUGUUAUUCCACAAACAGCAACCAGCAAUCAAUUUUCAGGCGAAACUGUUAAUGAGAAAAAUAAUAUAAUAAGUGAUGUCAAUGCGCCGAAAUCAGAUACAACAGCUUCUGGUGCGGCGGGAGCUACGGAAUCAGCGACAAGUACUAUUGUGCUUAAUAAAACUAACCCAACUAUUGGUUUGAUUCAACGAAAUCUUAACGAGAUAUCAGAAAAUCAGCAAAUUUGUAGUGUAAUUACAAGUAAUCCUAAUUUAGCCUUACAGAGUACGAGAUUGUUUAAUCCUUCUAUGCAUAAGAUAUCAACACCCGGCGGAUUAAAAGCUGAAAACGUGGUCUGUCUGACACCAACAGGAACUAUUGCUCAUUCGACAGAAAAGAAAGCAUCGCAGGAGAAUCAAACGCAUAAUGAAAAAUCAGUAUCUAUUCAAACAGCAGCUACGAUUGCCUUAGCUUUUACUACACAAUCGACAGAUCCUUUAAUAAAUGGCAGUCAACAACAACAAAAGGAUAUUAAAGAAUCUACUUCUGAUAUAAUAUCCGACGCCAAAAUCAUUUCACCUAAAACGGUUAAGAGAAAAAUGGAGGACGCUGUAAGCAUGCAGGAAAUCAUACCUAGAAACUUAAUCGCUACGAACUCUGUUGUUUGUUCUAGCAUCGUUACGUCAUUGCAAAAUAAUACAAAGAUAGAUUCCAUGUCUACUAUUGCCUCAAGCAAUAAAGACUCGUCGAGUAUCGAAAAUUCAACGCAAUACUUAGUGACAGGUGGUCCUGGUAGUUCGGACAGUCAAGAAUCUCCGGUUCAACAAUCUAGCGAAUCGGUAGACGUAUCUUGUAAAAUUAGCAAUGGUUUAUUAUAUGAGAAUGCAAGAUUACAAGAGGUAUGGGAACCAGAAGGAAAAGUAUCUCCGGAUACACCAUGGAGAUACGUCCCAACGUCAACAAAUCCUUUGGGUAUCGAACCAUUAAAGAUAUAUUCAAGGGAAAAUGAUAACUCAGAUAAUGUACAAAGCGUGUUGCAAAUAAUCAAUAAAGGUCAAGGAAUAGAAAUGGCAAGUGGCCAAGUUUAUCAAACGAAUACAAAGAAGUAUUUUAUGAACCAUACUUUAGAGCCGUUUCAUCAACAGUAUUCGACUAAAAGUAUCAUGAAAAAUCAGUUAAAUCAGAGAUUAGAUCGAGAAUUGAUGCAGCAAAAAAUAGAUAAGAAAACGGCGGCGAUAGAACGUGAGCUUAGGUUGCAAAAGAGCUUAUCGGAAGAGUGCGAGGAUUUGGGUGUUGACGAGCCAAGUACUAGCGAUUUGUUUCCAGAAGCAGAUUUGUUGUUUGAUACAAAUCAUUCACCGUCAUUCGACCAUUCCUCGCAAGAUGCAUCUUGCAGUCAAUCACUGGGGAUGAAAUCUUACAGCAGUUCCUAUUUUCGUCCUUUAGACUCCUCAAGCGGUAGCAGGGACGCCAGCCCAGUCGCUGAUUUCAAAUUGAACGAACGUAGAAAGAAUGCGACUCAACGUACGAGAAGUCUAAAAGAUACGAGCAAAAGGAGGAAGGGUGAUAACAAUGCGGUCGAAUUGCAACCAGAAAAUCCUGCGAAACAUAUGCGCUUCACAUUAGAAAAUUUAAGCCAGGACGAGGAAGAAGGCUCUAACAGUAAUUCAGAUAUGUCGAGACUUUCCCCGGCACAUUUACCUAUGCUGGAUAACGAUUCCUCGAAGGAUAUUAGUCGGAUAAAAAUGGACUCGAGAAAUGGUUCAAAGGAAGGCUCACCAAUCAGUGUAUCCAGCAUUCCAUCUAACAUUAAGCUGGAUAUUGAUCUUGAUUCGGAAUCAUUACCACCAAGUAUAAAUGUAAAUAAUACAUCAGCCGCUAGCUCAGGAGAUGAGGCUUUAACAUUGCUCGGUAGUAGUACAGCUGAUGUAACUAUACCUUCGCCACUCUCGCCUAUCGCCGGACCUCUAUUGUCAACGCACAAAUACACUUACGCAAAUAAAAAGCGUAUAGCCUCGAAAGUAACUAGAAUGGAUUAUCUUUCUUGGGAAAGUCCUAUGUCCGAAAGAACGAGGACGAGUAGUGAUGAGGAGGAAUCCAGUAUUAGCGAUGAGGAUGAUAACGCAUUGACGAAUGGUCUCGACGAUGCUGUACAACAAACAUUAAAAUCCUCAUCAACCGAUCGACAUUGUACAUAUUUGAAAAAAAAGGAUAAGUUACAAGUGAAUGCAAGAGUGGUAUUGAAUAGAGCCGAUCACAAAUCAGGUAGUUUGAGUAAACGUGUUAAACCAACGGAAUCUAUAAUCGAUCCCGUCGUUCUUUGUAGCGACAAAAUUUCCGAAUUAUCGGAGGACGAGACCAGUAAUAUAACGUCAUUAGCAGAACCAGAUUGUAGAGCUAGAAGAUCAAGUUUGCGUGGACAUGUGAAGAAAGGUUGUGCCUGUUGCAACGGUUCACCUGAAAGACCGAAGAAAAAGACAGUUAAAUCUUCGGAUCAUCGUUUGAAGAAGAGAUUAUCUUCAAAACAGGCCGCCAAGAAAAGGUAGUCCUAGCGAUCUAACGCUCGCUCGUCGUCUUUUUCGUCUUAUCGAUAUAUCUUUACUCUUCUAAGCAUUUUCUUAAAACAUGCUAAGGUAAUGGUAAAACCUUCGAGCGAUCUAAAUAUUAUUCUUAUAGUAGAACUCUAUGGCUAAUUGGAAUUAACAUGAGAUUUUUUCAUAUAUUAUUUACCUCGACAAAAUUAAGAGAUUCGUUUGCGAUCAUCAUUGAUCGCAAUAGGUCCCCGUGAAAAUUGCGUUUGUAAAUAAUUAGAACGGGUGGAAAUUAUAAGAAAAAGAAAAAACGAGAACGAGAGAGAGAAAAAGAAAAAAAGGGAAAGAGAGAGAAAGGGGGGAGGAAUUUUAUUGUUUUUUUUUGUCCUUAAAUAUCUAUCUAGUGUCGAAAAAGAGUCACAUUUACAAUACGAUUUACAAUAAACGGUAAACUGUAAGUACGUACACUUAUACAUAAUAUAAAUAAUAUUAAAAUUGUGUUUAAAUCGCUGGUAAGAUAUAGAGAAAAGAGAGAGACGAACAAUUUAUAGUAUGUUUCUCCAUAAAUUAAAAUAGAUGAUCAUCCCUCUUACAUUAGGUGUUAUUUACUAUACUAGAAUUUAAGGUAAACAGAUCAUUAUUUGGAUGAAAAA